GGCCUCUUGCUGUUCGGACAGAAUUUUGUACCCAUGUUGAAUUAAUCUUUCACUGACAUCUCGAUCCCCAUUUCUCGCAAUCGAAUGACUGCCUCCUCACUCUUAUUUCCAGUUUCCAAAAUGGCAAAGGACUUGGUUACGGGUAGCCUUACCGUGCCUACUCUCGAUCUAGUUAAUCGUAUCGAAAAGCUUCUCGAACGCCAAGCUUCCGACCCUCGUCAGCGCAUGCUCGUUGCUCUUGCGGGUGUUCCCGGUUCUGGAAAGUCGACUGUGUCGUAUGCGUUGCUGCAAGAACUCGCUAGUCGAGGCAUCAACGAUGUUGCAACCGUGCCCAUGGAUGGCUUUCAUUACACCAAGAAGGUCCUCUCGACGUUUGAGGAUCCUGAAAAAGCCUUUCAGAGGCGCGGUGCUCCGUUCACGUUCGAUGCAGACGCUUUCUUAAGCCUCAUCAGAACUUUGAAGUCAAUGCCUGUCACAACAGGCGAAGAACCAGAACAGUCCGUAUACGCACCCAGUUUCGACCAUGCAGUCCAAGAUCCAGUCGAGGAUGACGUCGCCAUCUCCUCGCGAAACCGGGUCGUUAUUGUUGAAGGCAAUUACACGCUUCUAAACCAGAAACCGUGGAAUGAGAUCACGGACAUCUGUGACGAAAGAUGGUUCGUCGACGUUCCUCCCGAUAUAGUAAGAGAUCGAUUGGCGGCACGUCAUCUUGCUGCAGGUAUCGAGUCUUCAUACGAGGCAGCCGUCCAACGAGCAGAGACGAACGACAUACCGAACGGCGUGAUGAUACGGUCGCUUCUGAUUAAGCCCGAUGUCACCAUCCACAAUUGAUAUGCCAUGGCUUGGUCUGAGCCCAAACGCUUGACAACAUCGCUUUGGGUUCAGAAGCCGUUGGAAGUCAGAUCCCAGUCAAAAGAAUCGAAGAGUUCGUUCGACUCGAUAGACCAGGGGAAGUUGCUCAAGGCAUCGCGAUCCAGAUGGGGGGCGUCUUGAAAGAUACCAGCGUCUAUGUCGUCGAUUGUAACGACUUGAUCAAGGAUAGCGACGCAACGGGCCGAAAGGGAGUCCUCGACAAGGUGGUCUCGAAAAGUGCUUCUCGCCAAGCGGAUCGCUUGGUGCCAGACUGACAAUUCAACGGAUUGCGGAAAACUGAUAAUGCACAAGCUCAUCACUAGCGCUGCGUGGAAGAGGAAGUACCUGUAGAUAGGCGUUAAAAGAGUAGUCG